AUGCCUCCUCUCAGGGUCACUCCAGCGAUGACAGAGCAUUCCGACGUGCUCCCAAGUGCAGAGGCCGUCCUGAAAGCCCGCGAUGUUACCCUGAUCGAUGAUGCGGGUGCAAAGCGCGACUUUGGGGAUACACUGGAUGAGCUGCAUAGAUUGCAGGCGAAGAGAGUGCUUGCUAUAUUCAUCCGACACUUCUUCUGCGGCAACUGUCAAGACUAUAUCCGCGCCGUGUCAGAGGCGUUCGCGAACCCAGAAACAGAUCUCUCGCCGAAUGUCAGGGUGUUCAUUGUCGGGAUUGGCGCGCAUACCCUGAUUGAUCAUUACAGGAGAGUAACCGCGUGUCCAUUUCCGAUAUACACCGAGCCCACCGGAGAGCUGGUCAAGAUCUUUGCCAUGAAGCGCAAUCUCACCAUUGGCAAGAAUCCCCCAACCUUCUCGGACCGUACUUCCUUCUCUCUAUUUUGGUCGGGGUUCACGCAGGCCCUCAGUCGCAUUUGGAAGGGAGAUGCCCAUAAGUCUGGGAACCCAGCGCAAAACGGGGGUGAAAUCUUAUUCGACUUUGAUGACCUACCCGAGGGAUAUGGGGCGCUGACCAUGCACCCGGUCUGGUACCAUAUGAUGAAGACCACUCGCGAUCAUGCCUCAAUCGAAUGUCUCCGAGACGUUCUUGCUCUUUAA